AUGAAAACUCUGAUCAAACAAAAUAAAACAACUAAAAACCAAGAGGGUGAAACCAAUAGAGCUGAUUCAUGUAUGUUCCAAAGUAAUGUACUUGAUCCGCCUUUGGCCGAUGAUCAACAUUUGGUCAAAAACAAUGUAAGUGAAGAUGUGGGGCAGGGCAAGAAGAAAAAGAAGAAGAAAAGGAGUGGAGUAAGCAAACAUAACUGCGAAGAUGGUGAUGACGGAAAGAAAAUGAAAAAGAAGCCGAGGCUAAUUGAAGGAAACACAUUUAACGAGUGUAAUCAUUGUAGAAGCAAUGAAGGUGAAGAUGGAGAGCAGGGCAACAAGUUAAAGAAAAAGAACAAGAAAUUGAGUGAAGAAAGCAAACAUAAGGAUUAUAACGAGGUCAAAAGCAAUGAUUGUGAAGAUGUUGGCCAAGGGAAAAAAGUGAAAAAGAAGAAGAAACUAAUUGAGGAAGGACGAUUUAAUCACAUUAGAAGCAAUGAAGAUGGAGACGAUGACCAAGGAGAGACGACGAAGAAGAAUCACCUUACCAACAAGAAAAGUAAGACGAAUGAUGAUGAAUCAAAGGCAGUUACAAGUGAGUCUCCUAACUCUGCACAUAAUGGAACAUGUAAACCCAAACGGGUAACUUUUUCUGAUCAAGUGGAGGAGUUUUGUUAUGAUGGCUUAGUGUGUGGGAAAAGGUAUACACCAGAAGAAGAUGAGAAGAUCAGAGCAUCUGUUUAUGACUUUAUAGAUUCUCAUGGUUUGGGAGAUGAAGGUGUUGAUAUGAUUCUUCAUUCCAGGCAACACUCUUCAAUUAAAGGCUGUUGGAAAGUUAUUGCAAAAGUCCUACCUGAGAGGCCUAAAGAGAGUGUGAUUCGUCGUGCUCGUAAUUUGUUUGAAAGCAAUGAGAAGUUUAAAUGGACACCAUAUGAGAUUGACUUUAUACGGAAAGCCCACGAGCAAAAUGGACCUAAUUGGAGGGGAGUAGCUAACGCUUUGGGUAAAAGUCAAUAUCAGAUAGCAGAUGCGUGGCGCAAGUUAAAAUUUACAAAAAGAAAGAAAGGACGAUGGUCCCAAGAGGAAUAUCAAACUUUAUUUAAUUUAGUAAACACCGAUCUGCGCACGAGGGCUUUAGAGCCUUAUAGAAAAUCCAAACAUGGUAUGUUGCGAGAUAAUAUUUGUUGGGAGGCAAUUGGCAACAAGUUAGAAACCCGAAACAGUGCACUUUGCUGCAGUAAGUGGUAUGAUCAGUUAACAUCGACAAUGGUUGCUAGUGGUGAUUGGUGCGAUACCGACGACUUCCGCUUGGUAGAGGCUUUGUAUGCUUUGGAUGCUUGCAGCAUGGAGGAGGUAGACUGGGACGAUCUACUUGAGCAUAGAUCUGGUGAUGUAUGCAGAAAACGAUGGGAUCAAAUGGUCCAACAUAUUGGGGAUCGUGUAGGGAAGUCAUUUAUUGAGCAGGUUGAAAUUCUUUCGAAGAGAUUCUGCCCAGACUUAUUGGAAGCAAGAGAGACUUUUGACAACAAACCUGUAACUUGUUGA